CAGCCCCUGUGACCGGGGCGGGGCGUUGCUGUCGGUCCAAGGAGUUGCUUUGAAAAGCGGCAAAGGAGAAACAACAGAAAGCCGGAGAAGUUUCCCAACGUGACUUCCUAGUUUGAUGCAGCGCCUACAUUUCUGUAUUUUUUUUUGUCGGGGAGGGUGGUGGAGGAGGAAGAGUCAACCCUCUUCUUGCAACUUGUUGAUUUGCUGAGAUCCAACGUCACACACCCAGCCCGACUCAACAAAAAAAAACCCUCUUCCUCCCGCAUCUUUACAUAAAGCAGCAGUGCACCGGCAGCAGACAGUGUGUGUGGAGUAGGUAGGGAGGGAGGAGGGAGGGGACUAUAGGAGCCAACCUCGCUCUCUUCAGUCUCUGCCUCUCCGCUUGGAAAUGGCUCUAGCGGACAGCCUGUGCGAACUCGCGGACGGAGAGUCUCCUUUCCCGGCCGUGGUGGAGCUGAACGUGGGCGGGCAGGUCUAUGUGACCCGCCACCGCACUUUGGUGGCGGUGCCGGACUCCCUGCUCUGGGACAUGUUUAGCCGCAGCUCCCCGCAGGAGUUGCCCAAGGACAGCAAGGGUCGCUUCUUCCUGGACCGGGACGGCUUCUUGUUCCGCUACGUCCUGGAUUACAUGCGGGACCUGAGGCUGGUGCUGCCCGACUACUUCCCGGAGAGGAGCCGGCUGCUGCGGGAGGCGGAGUACUUCCAGCUCCGGGAGCUGGUCCGCCUGCUCAGCCAGCAGCUGGAGCAGCCCACGCCGCCCAGCGAGGACAGCUGGCCGGACGGAGGGAGCAAGGGUCCGCCCUGCAGCGCCAAGCCCCGCCUGGCCGCCUCCUCCAGCUCGGUCACGGUGCCCGCCAGCCCGGCCAGCUCGUCCUCGGACAGCUGCCCCCCGGCCCGGAGGUCCGGCUACAUCACCGUGGGUUACCGGGGGUCGUACACCAUCGGCCGGGACUGCCAGGCGGACGCCAAGUUCCGGAGGGUGGCCAGGAUUACCGUGUGCGGCAAGACCUCCUUGGCCAAAGAGGUCUUCGGCGAGACCCUGAACGAGAGCAGGGACCCCGACCGUCCCCCCGAGAGGUACACGUCCCGUUACUACCUCAAGUUCAACUUCCUGGAGCAGGCGUUUGACUUGUUGGCGGAGGCUGGUUUCCACAUGCUGGCGUGCAGCUCCACCGGAACCUGUGCCUAUGCCAGCGACCAGGGAGAGGACAAGAUCUGGACCAGUUACACCGAGUACGUCUUCUGCAGGGGGUGAAUCCACCGGGACCGCGAAAAAAGAUCGACCCCCUUCCCUCACAAAUGAACCUCUCUCUUCAGUGCCAUGGUGCCUGUCCUGCCAAAGGAACUGGGGGGAGAAUUAUGUGACUAGCCACCACGUCGGAACAGACCUUUACCUUAACCUUUCCCUUUUGUGUGAGUACUGUAGGACAGUGUAGUGAGGCCAUCAGCGGUGUGGUUAAGACUUUCAGCAGGUAUUGCCAACCGACGAUCCUGACACAUCCCAACAGUGUGACAGCUGGGGGGGAAAAAAGCGUUGCUGCUGGAAGCUGUGAUUGAAAUAGCGUCCUUUUAGCGACUGCGAUUAGAAGCAACCCAUUACCACAGAGCGAUAACAUUUAGGUAAUUUUAUUCCACUGGUAUGGAGGUGCACAGCAAGAAUAAAUGUUCCGUACUCAGCAGUCUCCCUUGUUUAAUUUAUUACAGGGUGGGUUCUGUAGUCACUAACUUCUCCACCAAGUCUCUCGGGAUGGUCGCUUUUCGGGUAUAGUUAUUCAGGGGAGAGAGGCAGUCUCCGGAGAUGCCCAUGAUCAGCGUGGUAAAUACUAUAGGCAUCUGUUUGCAUAGUAUUCUGUUUGCACCCCAACUCUAGUACAAAAAACUGAUGACAUAAAGUUUUAAAAAAGAGAAUCUUUCGAUUGUAAAUUGUAAGCACAUUGUUUAUAAACACGCAAAAGGUAAUCUUGCCAUGUUGUGUUUAGCGUGGACUAGUUUAUAGUGCCUGAACUAGCUGCAACCUCUCAAAUGUUGUCUGCCAUUUUGGAAAUAACAUUAGCAAAGAUUAAACCUUAAACACUAUAAGCAGAGAUUCUCAACGUUGGUAAUUUUUUUUUAGAUAGUCCUGUUUCUUUUUCCUUUAAACACAUUUUCCUUUUUUUUGCUGCAAAUUAUUGUAGAACUGAAGUUAUUUUGUGUCGAAGUGCAAAAAGUUUCCAUCCAUAGAGCAGGAAGUUUCCCUUCCUCACUUAAUGCUUUCUGUAGAUGAAAGAUAUCACAAGACAGCUGAAAAGCUUGCAUUACAAAUUAUAUUAUUCUAUCAGCUAUAGGUUCUACUGAAUACAGCUAAGUAAAUCAUCCCCAUCCUCUUUAGUAUUUAGAAUUGUAACUAAAGUCCAAUAAUGCACAUGUUUGAUGUUUGGAACUUACUUUUUUAACUUGUAAAAUAAACAGCAAAAUAUUCUGUAGUGUAUCAAACUAAAGACCAGAGAAAAAUAUACUGCCCAGGCCUUGAAAUGUUAACAAAGGACUGGUAAUAAGUGGAACAAGAAGUUUCAUACAAUAAAUGGAUGACAGUAGAUGGUUAGGGACCAGAAGAGGUCAAGAGGCAUGUAAAUUGGAAGGAUUUCAGAAAUUAGCAAGAGAAUUCUGAAUUCUUGUAGAAAUUACAGUUACUUAGAAAUCAGCAACAUUUGCAAUAAACAUUGGUUUUGGAUCAGUCACAGGAUUAUCUUUGAUGGUCAGCUUUUUUUGCCAAUGUUCUUCUGUCCAUUGGCUACUGAUGUAUUGACACUUUACAGGGCUCUGAUUCAAUAGCUUUAGCCAAGUGACCAUUGCUCAUCAGCAAAGCUUGGUGGUGACUGUUAACAGCUAAGUGUUGUGUGUGGAGAGGGCCAAGGUGCAUUUCUCAGUAGAGUUAGAGUGACCAACUCAGAAGCAACCAUGGAUUAAGUUUAAGACUUUACUUGUUGUAACUCAUCUAAUCAGUGGAUAAUCUCAAAAUCUGCAAUCAUAAUCAAUAAUCCUUAUCAUUAAAUUUGAUAUCACUUCUAGCAAAUCCAUUUACCCAAUAUUUUAUGAUUAACAGCUGAAAUGUCCACACCAGCUUUCCAAAUCAUGAAAACCUGUGAGAUUUACAUCUGUUUUUGUGGUAAAUCUCUGUAGUAGUGCUAAUUUAUUUUUUCCACUUAAUAUUUGUAAACAUAUUACUCAAUGACAAGAAGGAAUACCAUGAACUCGGAGGCUGGCUUCAAUCUUGCAGUCAAAUACAUUUAGCUUCCAUUCAAGAAUAAUGUACUGAAAUGUACCUAAUUAUGAAUUUUUGAAGUAUGAUUUUCCAAAUGGAUCAUUAUUAACUACUAAUUAGUAACAUUUUAAAAUAUAAAAAUCUAUUUUCACACCAAGGAUGGAAAUCCAAUGUCUUAUUAAAACAGAUUCUGUUGGAGUGCUACAAUAUAAAUUCAUUUGCCAGCUUCAUUUCUGACAUUGUUCCUUAUCUUAGUUGAGUUGCGUUGAAGGCAUCAAAUGGAGGUCCACAAAGAGGGAAGGAUGAAUAAGUAUUCUCAGGCAUCACCCAAAUAACUGCUGACACAAUGGCAUUGAUAGAGUUAUACAAUCUAGGUCAUUUGCUUUUCACAGGUUAUUGUGCAAGGAUUACAGGCCAAAGAGGAAGGGUGAAAUGGAAAUGAACACAUUAAUAAAGUUUCACAAUUUGCACACAAUCUGCAAUCAUUAUAGGCAAAUAAUGUAACAGUGGUAAAUUCAAUGUAAAUUACAAGCUGCAUACAGUUAAGAACAGGUUUAAAAUUGAAAGGUAUAAAAAUAUACUUUGGCAAUUGUAUCUUCAAAGUAAUCUGAAAUUGUUGAAUUUGUAGCAUCUUAACAGACGUAUUUUCCACUGUCAUUGUUGAUCAGUAACUUGUGAAUAAUAGAAUGGGAAUCCAGUGGUACUAUACCUUUGAAACAGCCGUUGUAAAUGUCUUGUCUCAUUCCCACAGAUACUGUGGAAGUGGAGAGAAAGAUCAUUUCAUUUACAAAGCAGACGGAGUGUCAGGCUAGGUGAAUUGUGGGAUCAGCUGUUAAAUGCUUAUUUGCAGACAUAUUUGUUUUUGUUUAAUAAUAUGUUUAACAAUGUGAGAAAAUAUAAAUCAAUUUCAAGUAUCCUGUCAUGCGGAUAGGAACGACAUUCGUUAAUCAAAGGUUGUGCUAAAGCAGGAACAUUUUGAUUUUAUUCUGGGCUGUGACUGUCAGCCAGGAGGAACCAUGUGGGUUGGCAGAAAUUUCAAUGUAAUGGAGAACUUUGUCUUAAUCUGAGACAAUCCAGUGCUAUGCUCACAAGAGAAACUGAUAAUUGUUGGUCAAACAACAGUUCACAUUUAUUUUGAUGAUGUGACAAAGGCUGAACUUUGAAUUGGUGUUUGCAGGAACAGAAACACUGAAAGAAAGCCAUACUGUUUGAGAAACUACAAAGCACAAUGUAUCUGCUAGAUCAUUACAAUUUAAUAAUUAAACUGUUACGUAAAUUAAA